AUUUUUUUAAGAAAACUAAUGUGUAUUUUUUCUACACUUGCAUGUUUUCUUUGUUUAAGCAUGUUUUGAAUACUUAAUACUCAAAUACUUGCCUGACUGUCUGGUUGGUCAGUGCCUUCCAGUGUUUUUAUUGUCUCUCAGAAAUAAAAGACACCCCUUUAUCACUGAGCACACACAAAGAGUAGAUCAUCUGUGUAGAAAUGAAGGCUGCCGUCGCUCUGCUUCUGUUUUUGAGUCUUUUUAGACUGAGCUUCAGUCUCUACAGAAAACACUUCUUUGUGAAUACAUUCAUGACCUGGAAAGAUGCACAAAAGUACUGCAGAGAAUACCAUGAUGAUCUGUCCACUGUCAAUAAAGAAGAGGCACAACUGCUCUCUGCAAAUUCAGGAAUCAAUCAUGAAUAUUUUUGGAUUGGACUGCACAUUAGUCCUAACAACCGAGAACAAUGGAUUUGGUCUGGAGGUGAGGAUGAAAACAUCGACAAUUGGCACACUGGAGAACCAAACCUACUACACACUGAAAAGUGUGGCAUUGUAGGAAAAUAUAAUUCUAAACUGUACAAUGCUCCGUGCUUAUGGACUCUACCAUUUUACUGUAUGAAUGUCUUUGAGCUCAUUCUGGUGCGUCAGAAUAAGACGUGGGAUGAAGCCCUGGACUACUGCAGACAGAACUACACUGACCUGGCAAGUCUUAGUUCUCAGAGGAUUAUGGCAGAGGCGAUAAAUAACACUAUAACAUCUCAGACAGCUUAUGUGUGGACUGGACUGCGCUUUAUGGCUGGUCAUUGGUUCUGGGUCAGUGGUGAUGAUCUUCAAUAUAAAGCCUGGUCUGUGGAGGGGGAGCUCCAGUGUCCUGCCAGAAAUCUGCGCUGUGGAGCUCUGGAUAGACAAAAUAAUGUUUGGAGACCCAAUAAUUGUGAGGAUAAACUGAACUUUCUCUGUCUUAAAAAGCUAUAAAUUUGCUUCAUGUUGCAAUAUACAUCCAUUUCUUCAUGUAGGCCUAUAUAUGAAAUUGAUUCUUUUAUAAAUCAUGACUCUAUAGAAGUCUAUUGCUUUACAGUAGGCUAUGUAUGGUUGUUAAAAAUAAUGCAUUUUUAAUCUUUCAUUUUAGUCGUGUCAACAUGUACAUUGUCUUGUAAAACAAUGUUUAGCUGAUGUUUAAGAUCUUUUAUGAGCUUGCAGAUACAUUAUAAAUCACUAUUGUAAAAUACAAGAUUUAGAUGCAUAGUUAGAUUUUAAUAGCCAUGUUAAAAAGCUAUGUGAAACGAUCAUGCUUUGCUGUUUUUAAACGCAAUGAUAUUUUCAUGUAGCCUACUGUAUAUCGUACGGAUUAACAGUUUGGUCUAGGACUAACCAGGCUGUAAUGUAUCAGAUUGAAUGUCUUUAUAACCAUGCCUUGAAAAGUUUAUGAAGCAAAUAAGAUAUCAUCAUUGUAAAUAUAAGAUUCUAAGUUUUGCUCAUUUUGUUUGUUUCCAUUAUGUAGAUCCACCAGAGCGGCUUCUAGCUGCAAUUGUAAAAUUUUAUUCUGUAAAACAUCAUUUGUCGUCAUCAUCAUCUGAAAGGUGCAAAGGUGCAUUUUGGAAUUCACUGCCUGAUCAUUUCAAUUCUGCUGCAAGUUUUAAUAUUUUUCAAAAAACUAAGUCAUGGUUAAUCCAGCAAAAAACUUUUCAUUUUUUUUUUUUUUAAAUGUAUUAUUAUUGUUGUUGUAAUUGUAGUCCAUA